CCAAAACUCACCUGACCUCAUAAAAACUAAACCUCUGCACAUAAAACCAUUCAUCAACGAUUCAAUAAUGUAUAAGAUCUCUAUUACCGAUUCCUUGAUUCAGAAUGCAGUUUCCUUGGAGUCUUCACAACGGUUACUAGCAGAAAAGGGAGGAAUGUCAGCUGAGUAUAGCACAAGGGUGGCUCGUAACGUGAACAUGGAAAAGUUGCAAUCCAAUUAUCUUUUCCCGGAGAUAGCCGCUCGAGAGAUGAAGCACAGGAAGAAGUACCCGAAUGCAAAAGUAAUAAGCCUAGGUAUUGGCGACACCACACAGCCCAUUCCCCUCAACGUCGCUUUAAGCAUGGCUAAUUUUGCUCAAGCUCUAUCAACGCCUGAAGGUUAUAGCGGCUAUGGAUUAGAACAAGGGAAUCAGGAGCUAAGAAAAGCAGUGGCGGCAACAAUGUACAAGGACUUGCCCGUAAAAGAUACAGAAAUCUUCAUCUCUGAUGGCUCUCAGAGCGAAAUCUCACGCCUUCAGCUGCUUCUGGGGCCUCAUGUCAGCAUUGCGGUCCAGGAUCAAUCAUUCCCGGCCUAUGUCGAUUCGGGUGUAAUAAUCGGCCAAACUGGCGACUAUGAUCAUGCCUCUGGGAGAUACCGCAACAUUGAGUACAUGAAAUGUGGUCCUGAAAACAAUUUCUUUCCGGACUUAUCAAAGACUCCAAGAACCGAUAUCAUCUUCUUCUGUUCCCCAAAUAACCCAACUGGGCAUGCAUCAUCCAGGGAGCAACUAACACAACUUGUUGAGUUUGCCCAGAGGAACGGGUCGAUUAUCAUUUUCGACUCUGCAUACGCUGCAUUUGUUUCUGAUGGAAGCCCCCGAUCCAUCUUCGAAAUCCCUGGUGCUCGCAAGGUUGCUAUUGAAGUUGCAUCCUUCUCAAAGCUCGCCGGUUUCACAGGUAUACGUCUUGGCUGGACAGUGGUACCAGAUGAACUGUUAUAUUCAGAUGGUUUCCCUGUUCAACACGAUUUCAACAGGAUCAUCUGCACUUGUUUCAAUGGAGCUUCAAAGGUAGCUCAGGCUGGGGGAUUAGCUUGCCUAUCACCUGAGGGGCUUAAGGCAAUCAAUUCAGUGGUUGAUUACUAUAAGGAGAAUGCAAGCAUACUGAUAGACUCUUUCACAUCACUAGGAUUAGAUGUCUAUGGUGGCAGAAAUGCCCCAUAUGUUUGGGUACAUUUUCCUGGCUCAAAAUCUUGGGAUGUUUUCAAUGAGAUUCUAGAGAAAACACACAUAAUAACCGUUCCCGGAAGUGGCUUUGGACCGGGCGGCGAAGGGUUCCUAAGGGUUACUGCAUUUGGGCAAAGGGAUGACAUUCUUGAAGCCUCAAGAAGGAUUAAGAGUCUCCUCUAGUGAACAAUGGUAAAAGCUAAUCAGGUUUACCAGCUUUUCUGCAUAUUCAAUAAAAUGUGAAACAGCUCAUCUCCCUAUCCGAGUUAAAAAGUGUUGCUUCUACUUCUAUCUUAUCUAUUUGUAAAAGUACCCUUAUGCAACAAUAGAAACUAUAUACUUUCAUGCACUGAUGUGAAAUCAUGACCAUAGGGCUUGUUUAGAUUUCAUGAAUCACAACACAGAUUAUAAGAUGCACAUUCAGACAUUCUUGCAAACGUGCAGCUUAAUUUUGAAGUCAAUUAUGAAGCAGGUACUAAACUGAAUAGAAUCUCCUGGAAUGAUGUCAUGGCCUAUCAUGUGGAUACUCUAAAUUUUGAAAAGCAUAAUAGUUUAAGAAUUCAACAAAACAACUGAUCAAAGAUUUUCCAAACCAACAUCUUCAACUAACCUCCACAAUAGGGAAAAGACAUACCAGUUCCAGAUUUUGUAAUUUCUAAAUUCUUCAUUGCAGAAGGGUGAAAUGGAGAAAGAAAUCGACAAAACACAAAAGUAAAUCAGCAGAAAAAUAUUAUUACCAAAACAACCUUGGGUUUACAGGUCAUCUAUCAACGAAACACAAAAGGUAAUCUGGCAGAAACUUUAAGUACUGAAAAAAUCUUUGAGCCGAAAUAUCCAUUCAAAGAUUAAUUGAAACCAAAGGCCUGAAUGCAGAACUUCUUAUGUGGUGUGAAAAGCAAUUUCCACACCUAGAUUUAUACUCGAAGAAAAAAAAAAUAAAAGAAGAAGAAAAAGGUGCAUACCAGGAAUCCCGUCAAAUUGCAUUCAAAAUCUUUCGAAACUACUGCAGAAAGCUUAUUUUUCACAGGAAACUGUAGGAUCAUGACAAACAGUUCAAAUAGAAAUCUUAAUCCCGUUUUAAAAGAAGAAAUCAGUAGUUACUCUCCAGCCAAUUCACUUCCACACUUUUAAUUGAAUCCAAAGGCGGUUUCUCACUGGCGCUGCUAGGGAUGAAUUAAAAUAUAGUAAUAAAUCCCAAAAGAAGGAGUACAAAGAUAAGAAAGAUGCAGAUCAAGUUGAUAUGUGUGUUAUUACCUGACCAAUGCUAUAUCAAUGUGUAUUAGACAACAGUAUCUGUCAUCUCAACAUUUCCAAGUCCAUCAACAAAAUAUUUCAUUCCCAUAUAUUAUAUACUUGAUUCCAAUAAGCAUACAAGCCCAUUUGGCUGCAUAUACAUCAAUGAUAUAACUGAUUCUAAAGUUUUCUUGAGCUUUUAACACAGGAAAGUGCUGUAAAAUCAAUUGAUCAGCAUGUCAAUUGAACCAUGAAGGAGCAACAGUACAUAAAGUAUAAGUAUAAUCAUAACCUCAUCAAAUACCAAGGAUCUGGCAGCUGACCAGCUCAGCCGAUCCGGCAUGUCUAUUCGCAAUUACAUUCCAAAGAUUAGGUUCCGAAGCUGGUGCUGAUCCAGAUGCCUCCUUUGGAGAUUCAUCUAAACUAAGGUAUGUCUCUGAUUCAGAAGUUGCUAAUUGGUUCUGCCAAUCUGCCUGCAUCACCAAGAUAUCUUGAUUCUCAUCUUUCGUGAUCACGUGCAACUUCCCAAGCAAACCGGCAAGUAGAUAGGGGGCCUCAGCAUCAGCUAAGUCACGAAUGGGGAUGUCUCCUUCAACCACUUUCCAAGAAUCAUCCCUAUGAUCAUAAAAUUUGAUCCUUGCACUAUCUAGAGAACUUGAGGGCUCUAGAGCAUACAGUUCUCCAUCAACAACAACACUCAAUUUGGUCCCCGCCUGCCUGGCAGGCCAGCCCUCUCCCAUGCCCAUUGGCAUUUCAACCCAGGAGUUUGUAUCUGGGUCAUAAACUUCACCACCCACAUCAACAAAAAAGGGCCAGCAAUACAAGCUCUGGGCAACAUACAAUUUUCCCCUAUAGGAAGUCAUCCCAGUUGCAAUGGGCUUAAGCAGAUCGGCUAGAAAAGCAGUAGGGAGCACCUGAGCUUUUGAGAAUGGCAUGCUUGGCACUUCAGACCAUAACCCAGUACGAGGAUCAAAAACCUCUGCAGACUGUAGAGGACUCAAGCCACCACGACCUCGGGUGACACCACCAACAACAUAAAGCUUGCCAUUCAGAACCCCAGUCUUGCAAUAAGCUCUAGCAACAGACAUGGGAGUCACUUCAUUCCAUGCAUUUGCAAUUGGAUCAUACCGCCAGACACUUUUCAUUACUGUAGAUCUGCAAAAUCCACCCAGAACAUAAAGGCUUCCAUCAACAGCUCCAAUAGCACAACCGCAAUAAGGUAUAUGAUCUAAUGCAUCCUUUCUCCCCAACCAACCUCUAAUGGCAUCCGCAAUUCUAAUGCUAGAACCAACCAUGUUCCACACCUUAAGUCCAGGGAAACCUCUCCUUGAUCCAUCUUCGACACCUACACGGGGCAUCGGUGGUAAUCUUUGCCAUUUCCUCGACACAGGAUCGAAUGCAUUCCAUAAAAGUUUAUCACCAUCAACCUUAGUGAGAAUAUAGAGGUACUCCUCAGUUGUUCCAAGUUCCUUCCUCAGCUUGUAAAGUUCUGAGCUCAGGACAGCAGCUUUCCAGCUACGAGACACUGACUUAACAUUCAGGUAGCACAUUCUAGGGAUGCGCGCAAGAAUCUGGAGCGAUAUCUCAUCCGGAAGGCUGGGAAUGAGGCGCGGAUUAUCCUCCCAAAAGCUAGACGAUGGCCUCAGCCUCUUGCACGCUUCAUUUUGUGGAACAUCACAGACACGACUUGAGCUAGGCUUAUUAUUGUUAAGACUUAAUACACCCCCCAUUGGAAUAAAGUCUCAAGAUUUCUCCCUAAAUAUACUGCAUCCAGCCAAAAACCACCACUAUAUAAAGCGUCAAAAAUCCAGCCGCUCUGCUACAGACACAAGGAGAAACAAACAUCAAAAGAAAGGCCCGAGACUCUGAAACGAAGUUAAAGGAACCAAAAAUGCAAUCACAAACAGAACAUAAGAACGAAUGAAAAGGAAUAUUAAGGGGAUCCAUCUCACUGAAAAGAAGCACAGAAAGAAACAGUAACCACAGAGCAAAUCACGCUGUAUACUUCCUAGCCAGUCUGGGAACAAUCCCAGAAUUCUGGGGAAGAAGAAGACCAUGAGAGUUGCAACUCGGCCAUCAAAUAGGGAACUUCCUCAACAAAACAGCACAAUAAGAAUAUCUAAUACGUAAUUCACUCACCAGUUAUCACAAAAUUGAAACUUGAGAUCAACUAUCAGACUAAUGACUGAGGAAAAUUACAAGAUGAAGUCAACCCGAUAAGUCAAUUACAAAACAACUACAGAGAUUGUCCCCAAAAUUCAGAAGAACGUUCAUGUGCCCAUUUCGACAGUAAACCCCAAUCUCCAAUCAAUUGAACACAAAAAAAAAAAAAAAAAUCAAAUUGAAAUAACGAAACACAUCACAAAAACAAAGGAAAAAGGAGUCAUUUGUUGCCAUAUUCCAAGUCAAUGAGCCGGAAUCAUGGAAACAACCCAACCCAGUUUACUUUACAGCAGAAUUCAACAAUAACAGGUACUAAUUCCAUAUUAAAAAAGGAUCGGCGAGAUCAAACUCUCAGAACCAAUGACAAAAUAGAGUACCAACAAAACUUCAUUCAGUAAUUAAUUUGAGUCCGAAAAUUCAACACACCCAUGAUGACAGUGCAUAAAAGUAAAAGAUGAUUGAUUACCUGAGCCAAAAAGAUGUU